AUGUCUGCAAGCCGUGAAGAUUCAGUCUACUUAGCCAAAUUGGCCGAACAAGCCGAACGUUACGAAGAAAUGGUCGAAAACAUGAAGUCCGUCGCCUCUUCAGGCCAAGAGUUAUCCGUCGAAGAACGUAAUUUACUCUCCGUCGCUUAUAAGAACGUUAUUGGUGCUCGUCGUGCCUCUUGGAGAAUCGUUUCCUCCAUCGAACAAAAGGAGGAAUCAAAGGAAAAUUCAGAUCAUCAAGUCACUUUAAUACGUUCUUACCGUUCCAAGAUUGAAACGGAAUUGACUAAAAUCUCAGAUGAUAUCCUUUCAGUACUUGAUUCUCAUCUAAUUCCAUCCGCCACUACUGGUGAAUCUAAAGUGUUUUACUACAAGAUGAAAGGUGAUUAUCACCGUUAUUUAGCCGAAUUCUCUAGCGGUGACGUGAGAGAAAAGGCUACAAACGCUUCUUUGGAAGCUUAUAAGACAGCUUCAGAAAUCGCUACUACAGAACUACCUCCAACUCAUCCAAUCCGUCUGGGUCUAGCUUUGAAUUUCUCCGUUUUCUACUACGAAAUUCAAAACUCUCCUGAUAAAGCCUGUCAUUUGGCAAAGCAAGCAUUCGAUGAUGCCAUUGCCGAAUUGGAUACCCUAUCAGAAGAAUCUUACAAGGAUAGUACUCUAAUUAUGCAAUUAUUAAGAGAUAACUUGACCCUAUGGACUUCUGACAUGUCAGAAGCCGGUCAAGAUGAACAAGCACAACAAGCACAACAACAACAGCAACCAGCACAAGAACAAAGUAAUGACGAUAGCCAACCACCAAAAUAA